UAUUCCUCGAGGGAAGUUUUCGACCGACAACGCCCCGAAGUGUUGCAGGUAGUAAACGUGGUUAGGCACGUUGUGGAUGUUCGGUUAGGACUUUCUAAAUCUUCUCGAAAAUGGCAAGAUGACCAUUGAGUUUCGUCGAGCACCAGGAGUUACAAAUGCUGAAAAUUGCUUGGCCUGGGUUGAAUUCGUGGUAACGUUAGUUCAAGCCGCAAUACAGAAAGGAAUUGGAUUAUCCAACGACACUAGUCUGGCAGCGACUGUACAGGAGCUCAAGGGCUUCCUAGGCACUGUCCUUGUCUCUGGGGGCCAGCCAGCUCUGCUUGAGGCUAUCUUUGCUAGAAAGUCUGGUGCCGUCUUUCCACGAGAAUUCAACUCCUGCGUAUGAAUGCCUCUAAGAAGGUAGCAACAAAGGUCUCGAAGACGAAGAUCUCGAAAAUCAAGCCAAAGGUGCCUACCGAUCAACCAGAAC